AUGGGAGGCUGUUUCUCUGUCUCGUUACCAUGUGAUCAAGUGGUGAAUCAAUGCUCUCAAUGCUUUUGUGUCAAGGUGAGUUAUAUUCACAACCUCGCCGAGAAUCUAGCGUCUCUCGAGAAAGCCAUGGGAGAUCUCAAGGCGAAGAGAGAUGAUGUUCAAAGAAAGGUAGACAGAGAAGAGUUUACAGGGCGUAGUCAAAGGCUUUCUCAAGUCCAGGCUUACGAAUGUCCUCACCAUUGA